AUGGAAAACGUCAAGAUUGCAGUCGUCGGCCUUGGCCCCGCCGGGCUGACUGCCAUCAAGGCGCUGCGGGAGGAGGGCUUCAACGUCGUCGGCUUCGAACGGCGAGAUCGAGUCGGCGGCCUGUGGUCGUACAGUUCUGACCCUUCGCACACGUCGGUGAUCCAAAACACCGUUUCCAACAUUAGCAAGUUUGUUUCCGGCUUCAGCGAUUUCCCUGUUCCGAAAGAAUACCCCCCCUACAUGACCGGUUCGCACGUUGCAGAGUACUUUCAAGCGUACGCGAGGCAUUUUCAGCUCGAGCAGCAUAUCCGAUUUCGAACGACGGUGCGGAGGGUGCUCCGAGACAAGCUGGACUCCGGGUGGAAUGUCCAGGUCUCGGGCCCCGACGGCGAGUCGACUCUACAUUUUGACAAGGUCGUCUUUGGCAAUGGCUGCGAGACGGUGCCCAAGUGGCCGCCGAUGCCGGGCAAGGAAAAGUUUAAAGGCACGGUCCUCCACGGCCAAAGCUAUCGCAAGGCCGACCAAUUCGCUGGGAAGCGAGUGCUAGUUGUCGGCAUCGGUAACACGGCAUGCGAAGUGUCACUCAGCCUUGCCGGUCAUGUGUCCACGUUGUACCAGUCCUACCGCCGCGGGCGAAUCAUAGUCUCGCGAUAUCUCGAUGACGGUGUCCCGACCGACAGCACCAUCCCGUGGCCGGUGCUCCGACUCAAGUACCUGCUUGAUUACAGCCUCCCGUGGCUGACCGUCCCGCUCGUUGACAGGUUCAUGCAGGGCAAGAUGAUCAGCGACGCCGCACGCGAGGACCCCACGGAACCGGGCCUCUCGGCGCGGGCCCGCCGGAAGCGCGCCGAGAAAAAGAUUACCGAGGACUGGCGCCUGGUACCGUGCCCGAGCAUGGCGCACGAGCAUCCAGCCGUGCAGGAGCACUUCAUCCCCGCGCUAUACGAGGGGCGUAUAACACCCGUCCCUGGGUUCAAGGCAUUUACGGGCGACGACCGGGUGCUGCUAGAUGAUGGAAAAGAGAUCGAGGUGGACGCCGUCAUAUUCUGCACGGGCUAUUCGCUGGACUUUAGCGUCAUGCCAGAGCUGGAGAUGGACGGCGCGUGCGACCUGCCGCUGGUGACCGCGGACGAAGCGCAGUCCGACACCCACGUCCCGCACUUGCCGCGCCUGCACCGCAUGCUCUUCCCUCCGCGAUGGGCUUCGUCGGCUGCGUUUCUGAGCUGGAUCGCACCUCAGGAAGCUGUGUGGUGCACGUGCGAGCUGGCGUCGACGGCCGUGGCGCAGGUAUGGGCGGCAGAGUCGGCCCGGGAACUCCAGCGGGACCAGGCACCGGCCGGAUACCGGAAGCCGGCGCUGCUGCCGUCUGCGGCGGAAAUGAACGCCGAAGUCGACGAGUACCACGCGUGGUGGCGUAGGGAGUGGGCGAAGGAACCCUCAGUGCGACCUGGCUACGUCCGUGCGCACACAUUCUACCGCGCCAUGCAUGAAUUGGCAGGCACCGGCAUGUACGACAACAUUGACCACCUGUUCGCCUUGCGCGGAUGGCGGCUAUGGUGGCAGGACAGGGAUCUGUACAAGUGGCUGUCCAAAGGCCCCAUGAACAGCUACGGGUGGCGCGUAUUUGAGACGAACCCCAAGGGUAUUCCUGGCUGCGGGAGGCGGGCCCUACCCGAGGCGAGGAAGAACUACGAACUAUACCAGAGGUACAAGCAGGACAUGAAGGACGGCGGAAUGCGGAAAAAAGUCAUGCCUGAUGAUUGA